AGGCGCUGGUCCCGCUCCCUGGUUCGGUGAGAGGCCGGGGACGUGGCCGGACACGAUUGGGGCGCCCGAAGCAGUUGCCGCGGUGCAGGCAGGUGCGGCGGGCGCAGGUGCAGCGGACAUGGGGGAGCCCGAAGGGCCCACGCGUAUCCUAGUGACAGGGGGCUCUGGGCUGGUCGGCAGAGCCAUUCAGAAGGUGGUGGCCGAGGGGGCGGGCCUGCCCGGAGAGGAAUGGGUGUUCGUCUCCUCCAAGGAUGCAGACCUCACGGAUGUGGCGCAGACCCGCGCCCUGUUUGAGAAGGUGCAGCCCACGCACGUCAUCCAUCUGGCAGCCAUGGUGGGAGGUCUUUUCCGGAACAUCAAGUACAACUUGGACUUCUGGAGGAGAAACAUGCAUAUCAACGACAAUGUCUUACACACUGCUUUUGAGGUGGGCACCCGCAAGGUGGUCUCCUGCCUAUCCACGUGCAUCUUCCCAGACAAGACCACGUACCCAAUCGAUGAGACCAUGAUCCACAACGGACCUCCUCACAGCAGCAAUUUUGGCUACUCUUAUGCCAAGCGGAUGAUCGACGUGCAGAACAGGUUCUGGGGAGCGUCCCACUGGGGAGGGCACUCAGGCCCUCCUGGGUUGGACGGGCAAGCUGGGGCCUACUUCCAACAGCACGGCCGGACCUUCACUGCGGUCAUCCCCACCAAUGUCUUUGGACCCUAUGACAACUUCAAUAUCGAGGACGGCCACGUGCUGCCUGGCCUGAUCCACAAGGUGCACCUGGCCAAGAGCAGUGGCUCUGCGCUGACGGUGUGGGGUACGGGGACGCCGCGGAGGCAGUUCAUCUACUCCCUGGACCUGGCGCGACUCUUCCUUUGGGUUCUGCGAGAGUACAGCGAGGUGGAGCCCAUCAUCCUCUCAGUGGGUGAGGAGGACGAGGUCUCCAUCCGGGAGGCGGCCGAGGCUGUGGUGGAUGCCAUGGACUUCCACGGGGAAGUCAUCUUUGAUACAAGCAAGUCGGACGGUCAGUUUAAGAAGACAGCCAGUAAUGGCAAGCUGCGGGCCCACCUGCCCGACUUCCAGUUCACGCCCUUCAAGCAGGCUGUGAAAGAGACAUGCAACUGGUUCGCUGAGAACUACGAGCAGGCCAGGAAGUGACGCACGUGCAGCCAGCACAGAGCCCUCCCCAGGCCCAGAAGUAACACUGACAGCUGAGCUGUCACUUUCGCCGGCAGGGUCCAGGCAGCUGUCCUCAGGGAACCCGGGGCCUGGUACCUCACCCCUCAUGCCAGACCCUGUGUCCUGGCCUGCCCACUUCUGGGCUUGCUCUCCUAACCUCCAGGGCAAUAAAGAGCAUUUUUACA